AUGACUCAGGUGAAUGAUGGAAGACAUUUUCAUAAUCCGUUCCCCGAUUGGGAUUCGGGAAAUGCGCAAGCGUUUGAGUUGAACUCACAGUGGAAGGAUUCAAUGGUAUCUCGUAUGAGGACUAUUAUUGAGGAAUUAUACACUCAAUCCGCUCAACUAUCCUCCUCCGACAUUUCUAUGUACACGGGAUUGGCGGGAAUCGGCUAUUUCUUUCGUCACUUGUCUCUGUCCGAUAGCACAUCAUUUGCCCCUGACGAUCGUCAACGGGCCCUGGAGUUCACACAGAAAAUCGUCCGUCGAUGUCUGAAACACUUGGACACCGGUCGACUGUACAAGAAUAUAAGUGUGUUUACCAGUCCUAUUGGGGCUUUGUGUUUGGCUGUACUGGCUCAUCGGACAGUAUCGGGACCUGUGCCCACUGGAGGAGCAUCAGGCAACGAUUCAUCGACAGACGAAUGUCUGAAACAAAUUCUGCGAGCUCAUGAAUUCUCUACCGCGAUCGAUUCCGGAAUGCCGGACGAAGCUCUUUACGGUCGAACGGGGUAUCUAAAUGCGUUAGUUGAUCUACACUCAGCCGGAGUGUCCAUUCCUGCGGACAUUGUAUCGUCAGUCACGGGUACGAUUCUUCGGAGCGGUGUUCACGGAUCGAGACAGUACGAAUCGGAUGGACAGUAUCGGGCUUUGUUGCGUCGUACUGAGUAUCGAGAUUUACCAAUUCCUCCGUUGAUGUUUGAUUGGCAUGACAAAGUGUACUUGGGUGGAGCUCAUGGAUUCGCUGGCAUAUUACUCACAUUGCUGAAAAUUCAUCAUCUGUUUCCCACAGCAAUCCCAAAACAUGCCAUGGACCAGCUCAUUCUACCCACAGUGAAUUGGAUCAGUCAAUUGCAAUUACCGUCCGGUAACUGGCCUUCCAGUUUGGGGGACAGUAUGACACGUGAUGUUCUUGUGCAUUGGUGUCACGGGGCUACCGGGAUGAUUCCACUCAUGAUUGCUGCAUCUCAGAUCACCGGAGAUGGCACCUACAUGCAACGGGCUAUGAAAGCCGGAGAUACAAUAUGGCGUCGCGGUCUGCUUCACAAGGGUUGCGGGAUCUGUCAUGGAAGUGCUGGAAGUGGAUAUGCCCUGCUUGNCCGAGCCACUAACAAUAGCAUGUAUUUGUACCGUGCCGCAAAAUUCGCUGAAUGGUGCACAGAUUAUACAAAGAAUCGUACACGUAUUGCCGAUCGACCGUUCUCUCUGUUCGAGGGUUUGGCCGGAACGUUGUAUUUUCUGGUGGACAUACUCAAUCCGAAAGAAGCUCGAUUCCCGCUCCUCAGUGGUCCCUGA